GUUGCUAGGCAGGAUGUCCGCGUCGGCAGCCAAUCGGAUUGCUGAGUCCGCCAGCGGGCGUAGGGAGCUGAGACAGACCGGUGACAGUGUCUUUUUCCCGGGGCAGAGCACCACGGAGCCUCCGCGGAAAACGACAGAGACACGAUGCCGAACAAAACUCCAAAGGAGAAGGAAACAGCUAAAAGUGCUAAAAUCAGCAUGAGGAGCAGCACCAGUGGUGGGGGGAGCAAAGAGGCUGCAGCCGAGAGCUCCGAGGAGUCCCAGCAGCAGAGAGGGAGAAAGCGUCCCAGUAACAGCACGCCUCCCCCCACUCAGCUCAACAAGAUCAAAUACUCUGGAGGCCGUCAGCUGGUGAAGAAGGAGCGCCGGCAGAGCUCCUCUCGCUUCAGCCUCACCAAGAACCGGGAGCUGCAGAAGUUACCUGCCCUGAAAGACUCCCCCCCGGUGGAGCAGGAGGAGCUGUUUGUGCAGAAGCUCCGUCAGUGCUGCGUCCUGUUCGACUUCAUCAGCGAUCCGCUCAGCGACCUGAAGUACAAAGAGGUGAAGAGAGCCGGCCUCAACGAGAUGGUGGAGUUCAUCACACACAACAGUGAGGUGGUGACGGAGGUCAUCUACCCCGAGGCCGUGUUCAUGUUUUCAGUGAAUUUGUUCCGCACUCUUCCACCAUCCUCCAACCCGACCGGAGCAGAGUUUGACCCUGAAGAGGACGAGCCCACGUUGGAGGCCGCCUGGCCCCACCUGCAGCUCGUCUACGAGUUCUUCCUCCGCUUCCUGGAGUCAGCUGACUUCCAGCCCAACGUGGCCAAGAAACACAUCGACCAGAAGUUUGUGAUGUCGCUGCUGGAGCUGUUUGACAGCGAGGAUCCUCGAGAGAGAGACUUCCUGAAGACCAUCCUCCACCGGAUUUACGAUUCAUCUACGAGACAGAACACCAUAACGGCAUUGCUGAGCUGCUGGAGAUCCUGGGGAGGUAAAACACACACACACAGGUUGGUCGCCAUGGCGAUGGUUAACACGUGUCUCUUCCUCAGCAUCAUUAACGGCUUCGCUCUCCCUCUGAAAGAAGAACACAAGAUGUUUCUCAUCAGAGUUCUGCUGCCGCUUCAUAAAGUGAAGUCUCUCAGUGUGUACCACCCACAGCUGGCAUACUGUGUGGUCCAGUUCCUGGAGAAAGACAGCAGUCUGACCGAGCCGGUGAUCAUUGGUCUGCUGAAGUUCUGGCCUAAGACUCACAGUCCCAAGGAAGUGAUGUUCCUCAACGAGUUGGAGGAAAUUCUAGACGUCAUCGAACCCUCUGAGUUUGUCAAAGUGCAGGAGCCGCUCUUCAGACAGAUGGCCAAGUGUGUGUCCAGCCCGCACUUCCAGGUAGCAGAGCGGGCUCUCUAUUACUGGAACAACGAGUACAUCAUGAGUCUGAUCAGUGACAACGCUGCUAAGAUCCUCCCCCUCAUGUUCCCCUCCCUCUACAAGAACUCCAAAAGCCACUGGAACAAGACCAUCCAUGGUCUGAUCUACAACGCUCUCAAGCUCUUCAUGGAGAUGAACCAGAAGCUGUUUGACGACUGCACGCAGCAGUUCAAGGCCGAGAAACAAAAAGAGAAGUAUAAGCUGAAGGAGAGAGAGGAGAUCUGGCACAAGAUCGAGGGCCUGGCCCGACAGAACCCUCAGAGCAAUAGGCUCCACCCUCUCCGCCCAGGACUCCACCCACAGGAGGAGUACAUGUUGUACAGUGAUAGUACCGUAGCUGUGUACUCAAUGGAGACAGAGACUCCAACGGCUGAAGACAUCCAGCUGUUAAAGAAGGCUGUGGAGACGGAGGCCUCACAGGGUCUGAAGGACCUGAAGAAGGAGAAAGUCCUGAUGAGGAGGAAGUCCGAGCUUCCUCAGGAUGUCUACACCAUCAAAGCCCUGGAGGCUCACAAGAGGGCUGAGGAGUACCUGACAGCCAAUCAGGAAACCCUCUGACGAGGCUGGUUCUUCUAAGCCGGACUCUCUGAUUGGAUGUAGAAGCUGAACCCUGGUGGUCGCUAACAAGUAGAACAUGUGAGAAUGACAUCACCUCCCACACCUGCAUCGGUAUUCAUCCAUCUGACCUGAACGCAGCCUUGUGCACUCAGAGAGCCGAGGUUCUUGAGGGCAUCACCAGCGGGCUUUUCCUCUCCAGAACUGCACAAGGCUGUGGAGGAACUUUCUCCUGAGGUUCCUCAGUUCUCCUCGUGUAAGAAAUGGAUCCACGCUAAAAAGAAAACCUUUCACUAUUUGAUGAUGAAUUCUACAUUUUAACAACUAGAGUCCCGGCCCGUCUGUGUGGUGUUCAGGUAACGUUUGUAUUCACACCAUCAUCUGAAGGUUCAGUACUAUCAGGAGGAACCCAACAUAUGAAAACAAGAUCAGUGGCAGCUGAUUAAGCAUUAAGUUCCUGCCAUGCAAAAGAUCUCCAACAUGUCUGUCCCGUGACUUGCACAGAGCCCCGCCCCUCCACCUGAUCCGACCAAUCCUCUGUCAGCGGACAAGAGAUGAGGAAGAGGAGACACAGUGAAUGUGGACGUCCCAUCAGCAUCCAUGGUGACGUUAAGUCACGUCAUCAACUUUUGUUGAGUGCCCUAUGAGGUCAGAGGUCAAACUUGUUCAGGGCUGACGGGGAAAAAUACAGACGCUGCUGGAGAACCGCCAUGCAACGGACGGAACCAAUAGGAAUGUUUUGUCCUGUCAAAAUAAAAGCUGGCCACAAAACCACAACACAAA